AUGAAUGAAUCAGCAGACCCAACAUCCAACAGCAGUAGCAUGCUUAAUGAUGAUCCCAACAGCACAACAUACAAAGCUAUCGGAGUCUCCUUGGCCGUAGCAAGUGGAUUAUUCAUUGGCACCAGCUUCGUUUUCAAAAAGAAAGGUCUUAUUGAAUCUAUUGAUCGGAAAGGUGGUGUGCCAGGUGAUGGUUAUCGAUACCUUGGAUCAUUCAUGUGGUGGACUGGCAUGGUACUCAUGAUGGUUGGCGAGAUAUGCAACUUUGUGGCGUAUGCCUUUACUCAAGCUAUUUUGGUCACACCGCUUGGUGCAUUAAGCGUUGUAAUAAGUGCCAUAUUGUCAUCGAUCUUUCUCAAGGAACGGCUUUCUUUUUACGGCAAAGUUGGAUGCUUCCAAUGUAUUGUGGGGGCAGUUGUCAUUGUAUUACACGCACCUGAGCAAUCCGCCAAUGAUACCUCCAUCGAGACUUUUAAGGGCCUUGUUAUUUCAGUUGGUUUCUUGGUCUAUUCUUGUCUUUUAGCAUUGACAGCUAUCCUAUUGAUCAUAUUUGCUGUGCCACGAUGGGGUCGAAGCAACAUGCUAGUCUACAUUUCAAUAUGCUCGCUGAUAGGUGCUAUCUCUGUUAUCUUCACACAAGGACUUGGGAUGGCUAUUGUGCACUCGAUCACCAUUGAAAACCAAUUCAACAACUACUUUAUUUACAUUGUUUUGCUCUUGGUACUUGUCACCUUGGUGGUUGAGAUUGUAUAUCUUAACAAGGCGCUCAACAUAUUCAACACGGCAGUUGUCACACCAACGUACUAUGUAAUGUUUACGACGCUCACCAUUGUCAGCUCUAUUGUGCUCUAUCGUGGAUUUGGUGAUGCGACAUCUCCAGAAGAUAUUGCUACGUGUGUAUUGGGUUUCUUUUCAAUUUGUACAGGCGUUGCGCUCCUUCAUCGAGAUCAAGGCCAUACUCAGCACUCGACUACUAUCAAGGAUUCCGAUUCUCUUCUUGAACAAGGCAGCGGUGGUGAAAAGAUUCAGACAUCACCCGACGAUACAACAACGCCUGUUGUGAUAGAAGGUGUGGGACCUGCGCAGCUGGUACCAUUUGCAGGGAUUACACGUUAUGCCAGCAAACGCGUGAAUCGAGUGAUGGUGGAUAGUAGUAGUACAGCGCAACAACCAAGGCAAAAAGCAGUGACUAUGAAAGCAGCCAUCUUAUCUUCUUCAUCAUGCUCUUCAUCCGCAACAUCAUCAUUAUCCAUUGCAGCAAAUGAUCCAGUGGUAUCACCAAGCAAGACCAUUGGUGUGGGUAAUACCAAGCAAGGCGAGGAUGGUUACACGCGUGAAUUACGAUGGAAAGAUAAAUGGCAAUCAUACGACGAAGAGGAGGAGGAGGAGGAUGAGCAAGAACAAGCACGUCGUCGUGAGGAUGAGAGAAAGCAGGAAGAAAAAGAGAAUUGGCGACAUCAACAAAUGGAGGCAGCAGCUAAGCAAGUUGCCAUCACUAUUCAAGAACCUGUCAUUGAUCGUUGUACUAUGCCACCUUGUUUGCCACCGAGACCUCCUCCUGGAAGAGCCAAACGUAUGUUGCGUGCUAUCCCUUUUCAUCUUGGUCAACAGCAUGACCCCGCAUCUCGAUAUAAUAAUCCUUCUUCAAGAAACACACGAGCUCAAGAUCAAUUGAAUCGAUUGAAGGCAUAUCAGAUGGGUUUAUACAGUAAUAAUGGGAAGCAUUCAGAUCGUACACAUCUUGUAUCAUCCAAUAACGAUAGCAUGCUAGAAUAA